UCGGAGCAAAAGUAACAGAGAGAGAAAAGAAAGAACAAAGAACAAAGAAGGAAAGAAAAUGGUUGUUCAAGAGGAAAUCCGCAAGGGACCAUGGACAGAACAAGAAGACUUGCAACUAGUUUGCUUUGUCGGAUUGUUCGGCGACCGGCGAUGGGAUUUCAUAGCCAAAGUUUCAGGUUUGAACAGAACAGGUAAGAGCUGCCGUUUGCGGUGGGUUAAUUACCUUCACCCUGGUCUCAAACGAGGCAAGAUGACCCCUCAAGAGGAACGCCUCGUCUUGGAGCUCCACGCCAAAUGGGGAAAUAGAUGGUCAAGAAUUGCUAGGAAAUUACCGGGGCGUACGGACAACGAAAUCAAGAACUAUUGGAGGACUCAUAUGAGGAAAACGGCUCAAGAGAAGAAGCGAGCCAAUAAUAUUUCAUCUCCGUCGUCGUCGUCGUCGAACUCGAUUAAGAGCUCUUCCUCUUCCUCAAACAUCACCACCGUGGAGUCUCUGCCCUUCCCGGAUAGCACCACCGGAGUUGAGAGCUUCUACGACACCGGAGGCCAUGUCGUUUCGGCUCCCAAGGAGAAGAAAUCACCAGACAAUGAUCAGGAUGACCAAAAGGCGCUUGAGAAAGAGGAGGAAAAGGAAAAGGGCUACUACUCCAUGGACGACAUAUGGAAGGAAAUCUCACUCCCAGAAGUCAACAACGACAUUAUUAACAUGAAAUUACCGUUUUAUGACGCUGAAAAUUGUGGAAACGACAAUAAUAAUUUUAACGGCAACAACAACUUGAUCUCUUGUCCUCCAUUAACGACGUCGUGUUCGUCGGUGUGGGAUGAUCACCAUCAUGAUCAUAAGUACUACUGCUCUGACUCGCUUUGGAAAAUGGAUGAUGAAGCGGGUUAUAAGCCGUUUUUCCCAACAACAAACGACCAAUUCUUCUCUUGCUUUGGAUACGGAGAGAAUCUCUAACAGGGUGAUUAGGAUUUGAUUCAUUUAGAUUUGUUCAUAUAAUCAUGUAUAAUACAGGUUAUUAUCAUCGUCGUCGUCGUCGUCAUCGUAAGGAAGGCUGUAUCUAACCUCUGCAUAUUUCAGCUGUACUGUAGUAUGGGUUUUCUCUAAGCCUUUUUUCUGAUAUUUAGUACACGCAAUUAAGUUUGUGUCGUAUAUCAUCGAUCGUCAUGAUCAUGGUUUGUGUGUUUUUCAUCACUACUACUACUUUUUUUCAGAGAAGCGAAGCUGAGAGAGAACUUCACCAAGAAAUCCCAGACCAAGUUGUUGGUAUAUCAACUUCUUGGAUCAUGAUCCAUUGUAUAAUACGCCGUUUGAUUAGUAGUCAUGGAUUUAAAUCCUUAAAUUAAUGAUCAAGUUCUG